AUGGUAGACAUUGAGCGGCAGACGGGCCUUUCGACAGUAUGGCAUCCAGGCAAACCAUGUUGUGAUCGUCUCGGAACCCCAGAAGCUCGCUCCCAAUUUACGUUCGAGAUAGACUUCGAGAACAUCACACGAGACCUCACUAGUAUGACGACUAAAGUGUCUUACUGUGAAUAUGCGACUGAGAUUCAUCUUCCUAUGUUAGACAGUGUAGACGAUAUCAAUAGCAAAGCAAUAGCAAGGGCAACUUCCGAUCACAGAGAUAAACGUAUAAGAGCAGAAGCCCGCAUACGCGUACAGAUCAAGCUUCUAAGAAGUUCGCUCAAAGGGACACACUCUCGAGCCAAAUAUCUUUCGAAACGUGCACAGGCUCAAGUGCAAACGGUCUACAGCUUGAUAGCCCAAAAAGACAAUGCAUUCAGCAUGCGUGAUAACGCGGCUCUCAAGACCAUAUCAGAGGACCAGAAACGUAUUGCGUUGAUAGCAACUCAAGACAGUGCAGCCAUGCGCAUCGUCGCUGCGAUCGCUACGGUGUUCGUACCUGCGACAUUUACUGCCACUCUCUUCAGCACCACCUUCUUCAACUUUCAAGCCGGCAAUGGAGAAAAGCUUGUGUCACGGUGGCUGUGGCUAUACUUUGCGGUCACGAUCUGUCUCUCGUCAGGCAUCAUGGUCUGGUGGCAUGUUACUUCUCGCCGAAAAGUGCAUGCGAUCCACAAGGCAUUUGGUGAAGGCGUUGACGAUAAACAUCGAUUUAUGCUAGUCUUUGAAAGCAAGAAGGCACCUCCUAGUGCACCCCUCUGCAUGAGAGUGUUCUACCACAUACGAACACCCCACACGAAACACACACUGAUGCCACAAUACUACCGGAGAGCCGACUGA